AUGGACCAAGUUCGCCGCAAAGAUACCACCAAGGGCCCUCCCCUUCGGAUUCUGUCCCUCGACGGCGGUGGUGUGCGGGGAUACUCGAUGCUCAUCUUGCUCCAGGAACUGAUGCACCGUAUCUAUGUGGAAAUAGAAGGCAAACCACCGCGACGCGACCAGAUCCCCAAACCAUGCGACUACUUCGACCUCAUCGCCGGCACAGGAACCGGAGGACUCAUUGCUCUGAUGCUGGGGCGCUUACGCCUGGACCUCGAGACCUGCAAGGAUGUGUAUGUGCGCAUGACGCGCCGUGUAUUUGAGACAGACAAGACGUUUGCUGGUAUCCCUUUUCGGUCGACGCUUUUCAAGGCGUCGAAACUCGAAGAGGCGAUCCGGGAGUGCGUGCGGGAACAUACAAUCUACGAGACCGAGGGGAACGACAGCACGUCACCAACAUCCCCUACUUAUGCGCCCUUCAGUCCGAAUUUCUCGACGACGUCAAUCCCGCAGCGGUCCGGGAGUCGGGCGAGCCAGAGCACAACGCAUUCAAGCAUUAACAACCGAAGUUCUGCGUUCAUCAACGGGUUGAGGUGGGGGAAUCCAGAUGCGCUGCUGUAUGAUAACCGGGAGAACCGCACGAAGACGGCUGUGACGGCGGUGUAUCGGGGCACGCCUAAGAACGGCAACUCGGUGUUGCUACGGUCCUAUGACUCUCGCAAGGAGCCGGCGCCCGAACAGCAUUGUACUAUCUGGCAGGCCGGUCGCGCGACGUCUGCGACCGGGCUCGCAUUCAAGCCUAUUCAGAUCGGUCAGCAUUAUUUUAUCGAUGAAGGAGCGGGCACGUACAAUCCGGCACCGGAGGUCUUGGACGAAGCAGCAGUCAACGAGUGGCCGGGACGAGAGAUUGGAGUGUUCAUCAGUGUCGGUACAGGCAAGCGUCCUCCAGACACGAAUAAUCGCCAGCACGAGUGGUGGGAGGACUUCUUUGGCGACGCUCUGGGCACAUUCGCCGAGGCGCGCCGUCGGCUGAUAGCCAAGAUCGAAGGCUGCGAGGACAUUCACCACGCCAUGCUCCGGGAGCACCUCCCCAAGCGCGGUGUCAACAAAGACAACUAUUACCGACUGAACGUCGAAGUCGGUGUCGGCGAGUUUGGAAUGAACGAAUGGCACCGCCUCGCAGACAUCAGUACCAACACGCGCCGGUAUCUCUCCCGACCAGAUGUGAAGAAGAUGAUCCACGACGCGAGCGUCAAGUUCGCCAAAAUCGAGCGCAUGCAUCGCCGUCUCGAAGCUCACACAGCAGCUGGCCACGAUCCGGUCAACAGCUCUUUGACGGAAGACGACCACUCCUCACUCGCACCCAGCCCUCGCCUCUCCGUCACAUCGCCAACUUCACAAACAGGCCCUCCUCCCCCUCCCGCAAACACCUUCGAACUCCCUGCUGAACUUCCCGGAGACUUUACUCCGUACCAGCCGAACGACGACAAACUUCCUAUGCACCCCACACCCCAAGACGCCAUUCGCCCACCCCCAGGCCGCACCUCAGGCAGCGAUCUCCAUCUCAGCUCCAACGAACCGAGCCGUCCUUCAUCACAAGCGUACUCACCACCUCGUCUCAGUUUCGAACACACGGGCCCGCCGCCUGUUCCGCCAAAGACACCAAUCCCGUACCCCGAUACGGCUGAGUUGGGAGGGAAUCCAAUGCCAAUGCCGAACCAGAGUCUGGGGCUGCAUCCAGCGCAUGCGACAACUGCGCCUGUGAGUGCGGCGGGGCGACCGGCACCGCCGUACCCGGUUGACGAACCGCCGCCGGUGGUAAACAAGUUACGGAAACCGAGUUACCAAGUGCGCGAUUAUUCUGUUUAG